CAAAUCACGUCUCCAUCUUCUUCUAUCUCAUCCAUCUAUAAGGAUGGCUCGUAUCAUCCUCACUCUCUCUGCACACUGCUUCUCGCUCCCGCUCUGAACUUAACGCUGCAAAAAAAAUCUUGGAGUGUAUAACUGUGUAAGCUUUGCUCAAUGGCGGAGGAGAACAAGUCCGGCUCCGGCGACCUGAUGGCGAGCGGCAAGGUGGUCGCGGAGGCGACCAUGUCGGUGUUCCAGCAGAAGAGCGUGGAGGGCGUCGACAAGAAGGAGGUCGCCGGCGCCGCCGCGGACCUGCUGCACUCGGCGUCCACCUACGGCAAGCUCGACGACAAGCCGGUCGGGCAGUACAUCGACAAGGCGGAGGGGUACCUCAAGGACUUCAGCUCCGGCAGUGGCGGCGCCGCACCGCCACCGCCGGCAGCCGGAGACGCCGCAGCGCCGAAGCCAGCGGCGGAGGAGCCGCCCAAGGAGCCUGCGCCGGCUGAGAAGGAGGAAGGCAAGCCACCGUCGUCGUCGGAAGGGUUCGGUCUCGACGACGUCAUGAAGGGGGCCGAGUCGCUGAUGGAGAAGAAGGGCGGCGGGGAGGAGAGCGCCGGCAGCGGCGGCGCCGCCGGUGGGCUGUUCAAGAUGGCGCAGGGUUUCAUGAAGUAGGAGAGCUCUUUGGCUGGAUAUAUAGCUGCAUGCAUGCUUGUCUCUGGAUUGUGGCUCUGCUUUAAUUUGCUUGUUAAUUAACUGAUGAUCUGUAUGAUGUUUUGUAAAUGUCUCUCAGCUCUGUUGUUAAUUUUGUGUGGUGAAUAAUAAGAAGACAGCUACUUUGUGUGUAUAAA